AAUGGGAAGUGACCAAGAUUCGGUACCUGGUCGGUAUUAAUAAUAAGUAUCACUUCCUUGAAAAACGAAGUUAGACAUUCAAGUAUAGUGAGUAGUAUCAAUAAAGAUGGUUUCUAUGCGGCAGAGCAACAUCGAAAGAAGACGCGCAAGGGAUGAAUGCCGUGAAAAGCUCUCAAAACACAUUCACCAAAGACUAGGCAUUAAGGUAAAAGCCGCAGAUGUUCGCCUUAACCCCCGCCUAAAUGAUCCAUAUGCUUGGAGAAUUCUGCCGGGUGAGGAGCAUUCCCUUUCCAGGGUGUUCGUCAAGAAUUUAAGCGACCAUUCUAUUGGUACUUUCCGACUGCUAUGUAGGGAGAUUGGAAAGACCUUUGAGGCCGUGCUUUCAAGCACACAAAGCUCGUCAUUAGACUCAAUUGUAACUUUGUCUGUCCCGGAGCCUAGCUUUUCCGUGAUGAUAAAUGAACUUAGAGAAGAAAAUGCAAGGCUAUACCAGGAAGUAUACGAGUUGAAAAGCAAAGCAAGGGUGGAAUCAGGGCAGAAGAAGCUUGUAGAAGAAGAAAAUUGCAAGUUACGAAGCAGCCAAAUGUAA